AUGCAAAUAACAUGGUCGCAAAAGAAGACAUGCAAACGCCAGGGGCCGGUUCAUGGCCUGGACCUUAAAAAGAAGGCUGGCAGCUGCGCUUCUCUUUAUCUCCCUCGCCCUGUUUCUCUCCUAUCUGCCCAGAAGAAGUGCGACCCCCUGGGAAGAGGGAGCAGUAAAGAUGUUGAGGUUGAACUUAACUCACCUGCAGACAUUCGGCUGAAGGAUCACAAGGCAACGCUAACCCUAACAAAGUUAACCAACCCUCCAACGUUCCAAGGUUUCCACGCCGCCGCUCGUUAA